CCGUCUGUUGUUCAUCUGUGGCAACCAGGGCCAGACGUCUGUCAGGUCGGGAGGACAAGGGCAAGCGUGAGAGAGUGAGACAAACGAAGGAGCAGCUCUGUGAAAAGAGGAACUUUUUUUUUCUGUGCUCGGCAGUUAGACCUAAAUCUAUAGUCUGAAGGAAAACAUUUGAGUUUCUACGUAAAGAAAAAGAAAGAAAAUAUCGGCAAAAUGAUGACCCAGGUGGAGACCACGGUGCACUAUGAUAACGGCUACGAGGAUGAGUAUAUGAUCCAGGAGGAAGAGUGGGACAGGGACAUGUUACUAGACCCUGCCUGGGAACAACAACAGAGGAAAACCUUCACAGCUUGGUGUAACUCCCACCUGAGGAAAGCUGGUGUUCAAAUUGAAAACAUUGAGGAGGACUUCAGGAAUGGACUCAAACUCAUGCUGCUGCUGGAAGUUAUCUCAGGAGAGAGGCUACCCAAGCCAGAUAGAGGGAAGAUGCGGUUUCAUAAGAUCGCAAAUGUUAACAAAGCUUUGGACUUCAUCACAAGUAAAGGAGUCAAACUGGUUUCAAUAGGAGCCGAAGAGAUUGUGGAUGGAAAUGUAAAGAUGACUCUUGGAAUGAUUUGGACUAUAAUUCUCCGCUUUGCCAUUCAGGACAUAUCUGUGGAAGAAACAUCUGCCAAGGAAGGGCUUCUACUGUGGUGUCAAAGAAAGACUGCCCCCUACAGGAAUGUUAAUGUCCAAAACUUCCAUGUCAGCUGGAAAGAUGGCCUGGCCUUCUGCGCCCUGAUUCACAGACACAGACCCGACCUCCUCGACUACUCUAAGCUCAACAAGGAUGAUCCUCUGGGGAACUUGAACCUGGCUUUUGACAUAGCAGAAAAACACCUGGACAUUCCAAAAAUGCUGGAUGCAGAGGAUAUCAUCAACACCCCCAAGCCCGAUGAGAGAGCCAUCAUGACCUAUGUGUCCUGCUUUUACCAUGCUUUUGCUGGAGCUGAGCAGGCGGAGACUGCUGCCAACAGGAUCUGUAAGGUGCUUGGAGUAAACCAAGAGAAUGAGAAACUGAUGGAAGAAUAUGAGAGACUGGCCAGUGAGCUGCUGGAGUGGAUCCGCCGCACCACUCCCUGGCUGGAGAAUCGGACCCCAGAGAAGACCAUGGCAGAGAUGCAACGGAAGCUGGAGGACUUCAGGGACUACAGACGCCAGCACAAGCCCCCGAAAGUGCAGGAGAAGUGCCAGCUGGAAAUUAACUUCAACACCCUUCAGACCAAGUUGCGCAUCAGCAACCGGCCUGCCUUUAUGCCCUCUGAGGGGAAGAUGGUAUCUGAUAUAGCCAGUGCAUGGCAGGGUCUGGAGCAGGCAGAGAAAGGGUACGAGGAAUGGCUUCUUACAGAGAUCCGUAGGCUUGAGAGGGUGGACCACCUUGCAGAAAAGUUUCGCCAAAAAGCAACUAAUCAUGAGAACUGGGCCAGCGGUAAAGAGCUGUUCCUUUCCCAGAAGGACUACGAAACAGCCACACUGACAGAAAUCAGAGCACUGCUUCGAAAACACGAGGCCUUUGAGAGUGACUUGGCAGCCCACCAGGACAGAGUGGAGCAGAUUGCUGCCAUUGCACAGGAACUAAAUGAGUUGGACUACCAUGAUGUUGCUGCUGUUAACCAGCGCUGCCAAAGCAUCUGUGACUUAUGGGACAAGCUGGGAACGCUGACUCAGAAGAGGAGAGAGGCACUGGAGCGCACAGAGAAACUGCUGGAAACCAUUGAUCAGUUGUUCCUAGAAUUUGCUAAGAGGUCUGCUCCUUUCAACAAUUGGAUGGAAGGAGCGAUGGAGGAUCUGCAGGACAUGUUUAUAGUGCAUACUAUUGAAGAGGUUCAGAGUCUAAUCGCAGCUCAUGAGCAGUUCAAAGCUACUCUUCCCGAGGCAGAUUCAGAGAGACAGGCCAUCUUGGGAAUCCACAAUGAGGUGCAGAAAAUUUCACAGAGCUAUGGGAUCAAGGCCAGCUUUAUCAACUCUUACAGCACUAUCACAACUGAAGAGCUUCUCAACAAGUGGGAAAAGGUGAAAAAGCUGGUUCCUCAGAGAGAUAGUGCCCUCCAGGAGGAGAUGGCACGCCAGCAUGCCAACGAAAGGCUGAGACGGCAGUUUGCUGCCCAGGCUAAUUUGAUUGGGCCCUGGAUACAGACCAGGAUGGAGGAAAUAGGGCGCUGCUCCCUGGAGAUAGGAGGCACCUUGGAGGACCAGAUGACCCAGCUGAAGCAAAUCGAGCAUGUCAUAGUUGCUUAUAAACCCAAUAUUGACAAGUUAGAGGGAGACCACCAGCUAAUCCAGGAGUCACUUGUGUUUGAUAACAAACACACCAACUACACCAUGGAGCACAUCCGUGUUGGGUGGGAGCUGCUCCUCACAACCAUCGCCCGAACUAUCAAUGAGAUUGAGACCCAGAUCCUGACCCGGGAUGCUAAGGGCAUCAGUCAGCAGCAGAUGAAUGAGUUCAGAUCGUCUUUCAACCACUUUGACAGGAAGAAGAAUGGAGCAAUGGAAACAGAUGACUUCAGAGCCUGCCUCAUCUCCAUGGGAUAUGACUUGGGAGAGGUGGAGUUUGCUCGCAUAAUGAUGCUGGUAGACUCCAAUGCUACGGGAAUCGUUUCCUUCCAGUCUUUUAUCGACUUUAUGACCAGAGAGACUGCUGAUACAGACACUGCCGAGCAGGUUGUGGCAUCCUUCCGGAUCCUGGCUGCUGAUAAGCCUUAUAUACUUGUAGAGGAGCUCAGGAGAGAACUUCCCCCUGAACAAGCAGAGUAUUGCAUCAUGAGGAUGCCACCCUACGCUGGUCAUGGAGCACCACCCGGGGCACUGGACUACACUGCCUUCUCCACUGCCCUCUAUGGAGAGAGCGAUCUUUAACCUGACCAGAAAACCUUUCAUCCACCGUCCAUUAACCUCUCCUCUGCUUUCCCACCCUCCCUCCCCUCCAUCUCAUGGUGAAGUUAAGGAAUCUAUAAUGCAAGUUGGAUCAAAUAUACCAAAUGGAAUGAAAGUCUUUAUUGAUUAGUUUUCUCACACAUUACUCAUGCUGAGCAUUGUUCUGUUUCUUUAGUACUCAUCUUGUGCUCUCUGGCAGAAGAUGCUUCCCACAACAUAGAAAUAAUGAUGAAAAAAUUGAAAUUAGAAGCAAUUCAAUUUGAUUUUUUUUUUGCUUGUGUGGUAUGAUGAUUUGGUUCAGGAUCGUGGAAUUUAGGUAAAACUGGAAGAUACAGGAAAUAAAGGAGAUUAGUUAGUCAUACACCAAAAGGAUCGUGGUGUUUCAGUAAUUUUUCUGUAAAGAAAAUAGUCAUUUUUGGCAAGCAAUGUUGUGUAUUGUUUUAUUUUUCCCCACAGUACACUUGUUUUGGGAAUAAAAUCUUCUGAUAAGGCAUUUUGACAUGCUUCAAGUGAAUUACAGUUUGCAAAAGCAAUUUCAGACCUACUGCCAUCCAUCAAUAAACAGUGUGUUCCCCAAAAGGCCAAAAAUAUGCAGUACCAACAGAAGACAAAUCGAAAACCACACGAAGGCAAAAGUAAAUGUUUGCUCAGUGCUUUGAAAGCUGAAAACACUGUAGACUAAAUGUGCAGUAUUCACUAAUGGUAAGAUCAAACAUUUGUUGGGUAGUGACAAACUCUAAUGCUUACAUGUGUCUGGAAAAGUGGACAGUAAAUUUCAAGAACUGCACAUAUAAUAAAUAUCAACUAUAAUACAACAGGUGGUGCCAUCAUGGAAAAAAUGGCCUAACAAUACUAGACUUUGUGGCUGUGGUGUUUAUCGAAAUCCUUUAUUUGUCCAGAAGCUUCCCAUUAAUUUCAAUUAGUCGUAGUUUUCCAUGGUAAGCUGACAAAAACCCCAAAGGAUCUCAAUGUCAUAUUUAUCUUUAAAUUGCAUUUGAGGAAAUUACUGUAAAAUGUGGGACAAGAAUAUUAUACUCAUGUUCCAUACUGUUUGAACAUGAAAUUUUAAAAUUGAGUGGUAUUUAAAAAUAUGGUGAUGACAGUGAUUUGAGACUAAUAUAAUAAAAAAAUAGGCUGGUAAAGUUGUCUUUGUUUGAUGCUCUAAAUAAUUAAAAAAGCAUCAUCAUUGAAUACUCUCCACACAGACUGAGCUAAAACAUGCCAGAACAUAUAUCCAGUCCAGUCAAUAUGAUUUCAGGUGCAAGCUUUUCCUUUCAAAAGAGAAAUAUUUCUGGUGUAACUUGUGAGCUCUGACUCUGACACCUCUGAUCUCUAUAGGUGAUGUUCUUAUUUUUGGCAGAGACAUGGAUUUGUUGUAUUGAUCUAAAACUUCAGGUAGUAAAAACACCUUAAAGAGAAAACAGCUGGCUCCAGUAUGACUCUGUUCAGUAAGUUACACUUUGUGCUCCAAGAUAAUGGAUUCAUUAAAUAAACUUUAUAAUGCAGCCAUUUA